GGUUACUGUCUGUCUGUGCUAAGAAUUGUAUCAGACGGCAUCACACGUCCUGUGUUGCACAAGACACCAUGAGGACUGGACAAACUAAAUCUUUUCUUUUGCCCGAACUUCACUGGAUCCAUCUGUUGAUAUUCUUUAUAACCCCUAUAACAGGGGCCUUGACAGAUGAAGAUGUGAUAAAAGCUCGGUUGGGUGGGAGUGCAUCUUUUAAUUUUAAGGUUACAACGGGCAUGAAAGUAAUCCUAGCUGUAUGGAAAAAGUGCCCAGACCAGAAGGUUUUUGUGUUCAGCCCCGUCUAUGGACUUGAAAUAUUGGACAACAACUAUGCUGGUCGCAUUUCCGUAAAAUCUAACCAGGACAUUAUACUGGAUAAAUUACAAGAGAGUGACUUUGUGAAUUACUGUUACGAACUCACCACUUUUCCAAAUGGGAGUCUUCAAGGACAAAAUAAGCUAGAGAAAACGACAGAAAAUGGAGCUGUGCCCAUCAUGAUGAUCUCUGUGGGUUGCAGCAUAGGUUUAAUGGUAUUAUGUGCAAUCAUCAUCGGAGGAGUUUGCUAUAAGAAGAGAAAAAGCAACACUGCGUCGCAUCCUGGAGGACCUCCUGGCAGUCAGCUCUCUGUGCGGAUGAAAAAUAAGAAGCGACCCAAGCGCCUGCGCUCACAGAAUGAAGAAGAGGUGGAAAAUGAAGACUUAUAUUACAUGGACAUGAAUUGACACACUAUGUCUAUAAUAUAUAUAUUACUGUUUUUACUGUAGAUAAUUUUUAUAAUUGGCAAAAAAGAAGUCAGAAAAAUAUCGUGGGAACAAUGAUCUCAUGUGGACUGGUAUGCACUCAUGUGCUUUUAUUUCUACCUUAGACUCUCUUUUUUGCCUUAAUUUUGUAUUAAUUUUUGUUUUGUAAUAUACCACUUUUUUGCCUGAGGCAGUAAACAUGUUGUCUCUGUUUUUGUUCUGUUGUUCUUUUUUCAUCAAGAUAACUUGAUGAAGGAUGAUUAGAAGAUGUUUAUCGGUAGUUGCGUUUUAGCCAUUUGAUCUGGCCUCAGUCAAAAGCAUGAUGCUAACAUCAUUAUACUCUAACUGAGUUUUAUUUCAGAUGAAAGUCUCCUUUUUUGCCUGAAGUGUGUCAAGAAAUGAUCACUGUAACUUGCAGAAGUCAAAAGUGCAAUCAAUCAGCUUAGUUCACCCUAAAAACGUGCAUUAACCUUGUUGUUCAGAUGGUGGCAGUGUACAAGAUUGAAUGAUUCUAAGCAAGGAUGCGUUCCAUAGAAAUAUCUCAGUUUUUUUUUAAUGAAAUAUUAUCACUUCCAAAAGUAUUAUUAACAAUAAUGAAAUUAGUAAAUUAGCAGAAGUUUCAACUUUUGUGAGCAGAAAUGGCAUUAGUUGCAUGUGGACUUUUUUUAUUCAGUUUCUUCAGUUAUUCAGUUAACCACAAGAAAAGUCACUUCCUGGACUCUGAGUGAUCUUUAAGCUCAUCGGCAGGAGGAGCAGAAGGGUCUCUUUUUUGUUGCAUUGUUUGAAGUUUGAUUACCACUCGGUUUGGUCAUUUGUUCCAACUCCUCUCAGAUUCUGAUGACAUCACAGCUGAUUGACUGAAUUAAUCAUGAAAGUAUUCACACAAUAAUCUUAAACACUUACUACAGACGUCACAUCUCACUGCUUCCUCUUCAGAAAUGCAAACAUACAAACAUACAAACCAGCUCUUGCACAAAGCCACAGAAAAAACUUUAUUACAUGUACUGGAAAGUGAAACAGGUAACAUCCUGCUGUGUCUUUUAGGGUCUCACCAAGUUGCAAAGGUUACAUGUAAAUUUAGAGUCUCACUCCAUCAAAUUUCAGACCACAGUUUUGUUUUCUGUUUCCUUUUUCCUUGCUGUAUGCAAGAAAUAUCAGUGGUUGCAUUGUGGUUUUUGGUAACUGUCAAAGGUUUGUGUGGAAUAAUUGGUUUUUAUUAUAUAAAAAAAAAAACUUUAUGACAUAAUUUUAUAUCAAUAAAAUGUGACUUAAGCCAUCAUACUUAGAGACUAGCACAUGUAUAACAGUAAUGAUUUAUACUGUAUGUACUAAAUAAAAACAUGUCCAGUAAAUAU